AUCGCUGGAUUUGGGUCUUGCCUCGGCAUGUUCUCGUUGCCCUGCUUCUCACCGGAUCCACGUGUACGCAGAGAUGUAAAACUACAUGGUGACAUAAUGUCUGAUUCACCUUGGAGAUACUCCACCAGUAAUGGUGUGGGCCGAAAUAUCUUGUCAGCCACCAACAAAGAAACAAGCACUAUUUCUCAUCAAGCUAAAAGACGAAGGAAAAAGAAUAAACUGAAAAAAUCCGCAACUGAAUUCCAUGAAGUGUCAUUUGAACAAAAAAAAGGAAAGAAAAGAAAAUCAGAUGAGCUUUUGGAAAACAAGUCGGAGUGUGUUAAACAUAGAUAUAUUUCGGAUUCUGUAUCUGAACAGUCAAAUCAUGUGCAAUUCAAAAGGCCCAGAAUAACUCCUCAUACACUGACUGGUGAAGUUGAGUCUGCAUUACCUCUCAGUGACAGCUGGGAGGUGGACAGUGGCUUUUCGUCUGAAUCCAGUCCUCCCACCAGUGGCAGGAGUUCGCCAUGUGUGGGAAUAGACCACUCUAAGCUUGUAGCUAUGGACUGUGAAAUGGUUGGCACUGGACCUGGGGGCAAGUGUAGUGAAGUGGCACGCUGUAGUAUAGUAAAUUAUUAUGGUAGUGUUUUGUAUGAUAAAUAUAUUUUACCUCGGAAUCCAGUCACAGACUACCGCACAAGAUGGAGUGGCAUUAGGAAACAUCAUUUACAACAGGCAGUGGCUUUUGAGGACGCUCAGAAUGAGGUGAGGAGGCACUUAUACCUAACUACACUACACUGUAUAUACAAGUUUCUGUUCAGGUGGGUUUAUAUGCUCUGACUUAAAUUGAUAUUGUAUAGUAGUUUUAAACAGUAGGGAAUUUUUCCCCUGCCGGUACAGAAAAGCCAGU